AUGACUCGUGAAGUCCGUGAUUCAGAUCGUGAUGCAGCCAGAGAGCCCUGCCCUGAUAGGAUCGUCGAGGAUCUAGGUGGUGCCUUUGGUAUGGGCUGUGUCGGAGGCUUUCUGUGGCACUUUGUAAAGGGGGCCCGAAACUCCCCACGGGGGGAACGAUUGCAUGGUGCCUUGUAUUCAGCCAAGACACGGGCCCCUAUUCUGGGCAGCAGUUUUGCGGUUUGGGGUGGUACCUUCUCGGCAUUUGAUUGCAGUCUACAGUAUAUACGUCAGAGAGAUGACCAUUGGAAUGCGAUUGCCUCUGGAUUCUUAACAGGAGGUGUAUUGGCAGCAAGAGGCGGUUGGAAGACAGCAAGCAAGAACGCUGUAGUAGGAGGAAUACUAUUGGCGAUCAUCGAGGGAGUAUCAGCACUGUUGAUGAAAAGCUCAUCGCAAACACCGAGGGAACAAGCAUUGAUGCAAAUGCAGCAGGAAAAGUUAGUACAGGAAUACCAAGAUAAACAUGCCGCGGCAAAGAAAACGGCUGAGGAGGCGGCUAAGGAGGGGUCGAUGCUUUCUGGUUUGGGAGGGUUGUGGGGUCGAACGCAUGAUGAUAAAACUGACGCUGAACCAUCUUCCAGCAAGCGCAGCGUCGUCGAUGUACUCAUUCCAACCGGAACCGACAAGUUCUUAAUUUAUCAUUGA